CCCGAACCGGUGACGCUCGAAUUAACGUUACAACUUGCAAUUGUAGUGUAAGGAAUUAUUUGAGUUUUGCCACCUUGUGUUUCUCCUACCUGGUGUUUCCUAGUGUAGCUGCUGGGCGACCACGCUUUGUUGACGGAGUUCUACGAUUACCGCAAUCCCCCGUUGGAUGUCGGCUACCGUCUAAGUUUUAGUGUACUAUCCCAUCGAAAACUUGGGUAUCUAGCGUCCGUCGCACAAUCAGUACGCCGCAACUAUGCGCUUUGGCAGGACGCUUCGAAAGUCGGUGUACGCGCCGUGGAAGGACAAGUACAUCGACUAUGUCAAGCUCAAGAGCAUCCUACGCGAGGACCAAAACGACGAUGAAGACGAGACGUGGACCGAAGAAGACGAGAACCGCUUCUGCGACGAGGUCUUCAACACGGAGCUGGAGAAAGUAGCGCAGUUCCAAGCCGAGAAAAUCGAGGAUCUGCGCCGCCGUGUCGAUGGCGCCUUUGAGACGCUCAAAGAGCUCCCCGUAGCCGAGAGCGCCAAGCCAAAGACUGACGCCGAUACCCAGCGGCUUAAGGACCUCGAAUCGGAGCUCGACGCCAUCACCAACGAGGUCAAGGAACUGCAGAAGUACAGCAACCUGAACUACACCGGCUUUCUAAAGAUCGUCAAGAAGCAUGAUCGGAAACGCGGCAACCGGUACAAGAUCCGGCCUAUGAUGAUGGUUAGCCUGUCGAAGCGGCCCUUCAACUCGGACCAGGCCUACUCGCCGCUGCUCAACAAGCUGUCCCUGAUGUACUUCGCCAUUCGUCAGCAGCUCGAGGAGCCGGGGCAUGGAGAUGCCUUCCCCGUGGAUCCUGACAGCCAGCCAGAGACGCACAACGGCGAGCGAUACACGGCGCACAAGUUCUGGGUGCAUCCGGACAACCUGCUCGAGGUCAAGACGUACAUCCUCCGCCGCCUGCCCGCGCUGGUCUACAGCGAGCAGUCCGCGAAGGAGGUGGACGGACAGCAGGACCCAACCAUCACGUCGCUCUACUUUGACAACGCCAAGUUCGAUCUUUACUCGAGAAAGCUCGAGCGUGAAAGCGAAGCGUCGUCACUGCGGCUGCGCUGGUACGGGCAGCUGAGCGCGCGUCCCGACAUUUCGCUCGAGCAGAAGAUCCUGUACGCCAACGGCAGCAGCGAGGAGCGCAGGUUCCCCAUCAAGGAGAAGUACAUCAAGCCUUUCCUUGACGGCGAGUACAAGAUGGAGAAGUCGGUGCAGAAGAUGGAGCGGCAGGGCAAGAAGGCCGAGGACGUGCAGGAGUUCCAGUCGACGGCAGACGCCAUCCAGCAGUUUGUCCGCGAGAACAGGCUGGAGCCGGUGGUGCGGGCGAACUACAAACGCGCGGCCUUCCAGAAACCGGGCGACGGCCGCGUGCGCAUCUCGAUCGACACGGACAUUGCUUUCAUCCGCGAGGACACUCUCGACCAGGACCGGCCGUGCCGCGACCCAAUGAACUGGCACCGCGCCGACAUCGACGGCAGCAACAUGACGUACCCGUUCGCCAAUAUCAACCAGAGCGAGGUGUCGCGCUUCCCGUACGCGGUGCUCGAGAUCAAGCUGAAAGAGGACAGCAGCCGCAGCAAGCGGCCGUCGUGGAUCCAAGACCUGAUGGGCUCGCACCUGGUCCACCCGUGCCCGCGCUUCUCCAAGUUUGUGCACGGCACGGCCUCGCUGUUCGAGGACUACGUCAACCAUCUGCCCUUCUGGCUCAGCGACCUCGACACCGACAUCCGCAAGGACCCGCAGGUGGCAUUCGAGGCCGAGGAGGAGCGCCGGGCCCAGCGUGCCGAGAAUGAGCACGUCGUCGGCAGCUUUCUUGGCACCAAGCUCGGCUCCUACAAACCCAGCCGCAGCUCGCCCGUCGCCAAGUCCUUCCUCACCGAACGCCUCGCCGCAGAUACGGCCGCUCAGACGCCGAGAUCUGGCGCUUUCCCGCGCGGCGAACGUCCCACGCAGCAGCAGCAGCCGCCGCCGCCCAGGGCAGACGAGGCAGGCGAGCCCUCCAGCACCGCAGCCACCACCACCACCAACGCCAACAACAACCAGCACGGGCAGCCGGCCCAACCAGGCCACGACCGAUCAGGCGCCCUCAACUACGGCACGCUAUCCUCCAUCUUCCCCGGCUUCUCCCUGUCCAAGUACGCGCGCGCCAAGCAGGCCCGGCAACAAGGCCCCUCCUCCUCCCUCUCCUCCUCGGCGCUCCCUCCCGGGGUGGUCGAGCCGACCGAGUGGAUCAAGAACGCCGGGCCGCUGCAGAUCGAGCCCAAGGUGUGGCUGGCCAACGAGCGCACCUUCCUCAAGUGGCAGCACAUCUGCGUGCUGCUGGGCGGCCUGGCCGUGAGCCUGUACUCGGCCGGCGGCGCCGCGGGGCGGCACAACACCCUCGCCCAAGCCAUGGGUUGCGCCUUCAUCGGCGUGGCCGUGUUUGCCGGCGUCUGGAGCUACUGGGCCGUGGUGAAGCGGCGCGAGAUGAUUGUGGCGCGGUCUGGCAAGGACUUUGAUUUCCUGCUGGGUCCGCUGGUCGUGAGUGCCGCGUUGGGAGUGGCGUUGGUGACGAAUUUUGUGUUUGCGUACCGACAGGCCUUUGGGAGCUCUGACUGGGACGGGUCAUCCUGGGAGAACGGGAGUGUUGCUGUUGGGGAUAUGGGAGAGUUGCGGAUGAGGGGGAACAUAGCGUAGGAGGAGUUCAAGUUUGUUAAGCGACUGUCUACAGAAUGGGCACGUUUUGGACGCUUGGAGGUGGUGUUGGCGGUUGGGUGAAGUUUGCGUACCGGCUC